AAUAUAGACGACUUUGGCGUAUUACAUGUAUAAGAUGCAGACAUGAAAAAAGGAUUAUUAAGUAAAUCUUUGGAAAUAUUGAAAUGGAGUUUCUGUUAUUAUCACUGUAUCAGUUCUCAGUGCUUUUAUAUCUUAUCAGUAACCACGAAAUCACAUGCAGUAUUUCCGGGAACAAAUGGGGAUAUGACUACGCUGAUGGACCUACAUUUUGGCCCAAUAGUUACCCAAACUGUGGUGGACAACAACAAUCGCCGAUUAGUAUAGGAGUGUCCGAAGUAGUAGUCAACAAUAGUUUACCACAGUUUAACUUUGACCAUAUAAAGAAUGUUACCAAUCUUAAAAUGACUCUAGAAAACAAUGGUCAUAGUGUUCAGAUAGAUUUAAAGGGAAAUAACCUGCAGUUAAGUGGCGGUGGACUGCCUGGAGUAUAUAAUGCAGAACAAUUCCACUUUCACUGGGGUUCCGAAGAUAAAAGAGGUUCCGAACAUAAUAUAAAUGGAAAACAAUAUCCUAUGGAGAUGCAUGUCGUCCUUUUUAACAGUAAACAUGGUGUGUUUUCAAAUGCACUGAACAAGACAGGAGGACUUGCAGUAUUAGCUUUUUUAUUUGAGAUUGGAGAAACCAACCAUCAUUUUGAUGAAAUAAUAUCGCAUCUGACCAAGAUUUCACAUAAAGAUGACCACGCACUUCUCAAUACCUUUGCCCUAGAUUCAUUAUUUCCCCAUGAUGCCGGUGUGUAUUAUCGAUAUUAUGGAAGCCUAACGACGCCACCGUGUUAUGAAAGUGUUAUAUGGACAAUAUUUAAGAAUCAUAUCAUUAUAUCGGAAGAACAGAUUGACAAAUUUAGACAUCAGGUGCACAGAAACUAUGCCAACGAAACAGACCGUGACAUCUCAGACGACUAUCGACCCGUCCAAAGACUCAACAACAGAGUUGUUAUGACAAACGCCGAGGAAGGACUAUAUUACAAUAGUUGUAAAAUUAAUCUCCCCUUUAAUUUUUAUUUUAUGGUGCUAUUGUUUCUGUUAAUAAGUAAGCUUUGAUGUCUGAUGCCAUUAGACAAUUAUAAAUGCCGAGUGACCUAUAAAUAAAGCGUUCAUUGAUAUGUACUAGAUAGAUGUGUAGAAUACAGCUCUUCUGAAAUGACGUAUAACUUAUGUUAUAAAAAACUUUGAUAUUUUGUUUUGUUCAUACUAACUCCCAAUAACCAUUCAGACAGUACAGCACAGGGGCGGAUCCGGUCAUAUUGAAAUGGGGUCCUCAACCCACUCGACCCCGGAUAAAAAGGGGGUUCCAACCAUAUGUCCCCAUUCAAAUGCAUUGAUCGUUAAAAAAAUAAAGGGGGGGGGGGGUUCCAACCCCCAGAAUCCCCAACCUGGAUCUGCCACCUCAGCAGCUCCAAUAGGUAACAUAGAUCACAAUAUGCUGUUCACGCGAUUGGAAAUGCUAAUGCAUUGCAGUAAAAAUCGGAAUCACAGACCAUGUAAAAUCUGUCAUACUUGGAAACUUUACUGUUUUGCAAACAUAUUUCAUUUACAGUAGUGGUAGCCGAUAAUAGGGUGUGAUAAUAUGUGUACACUGUCGUAGCUGCAGUUUUACAGCAUGAAAAAAGGUGUUUAACGAAGACAUCCCUUGACCUUUAUCAAUUUAGAGGGUUAGACUAUUUGUAUAAACGGCAUAUCUUUUUCCCCCGGCUCAAUACUAUUAAGUUGACUGAGAGAUUUCCUAACCUGUAAGUUUAAUUAUUAUUAUAUAAUAAUUGUUUCCAAUUAUAACAGUUAUGUUUAGAAAAUUGACUGGGAAAAUUUACCAAGUAUGAGAUCACUUUUGGAUACAAGUUUUUUUCUAAUGAUGACAGACAAACAAAUCUUGAGAUAAAAGUUUUUCUUUACACAACUGAUUUGCAAUUGAAAUUGUGAUAUAAAAGAAAGUAAAUCCUUUUUAACCUUGAAGAGAAUUAUUAUUAUAUAUGCACGUUGUAUUUACAUUAUCAUGGAUGCAAUUUUUAUGACUUACUACAUACACCAUUUUGCAAUUCUAAUUUAUGUUUCUACGUCUUUUAAAUGUUCUGUUUUAUUCAUAUACAAAUAUUAAAUAUUUUUGCUUGUA